CACUGGGCGCUUCCGUGAGCUCUAUACCCAUCGUGGGCACCACGGCAUUGGUUGUCACAGCGACUGUGAUGCCAGGGAAGCCACAGUAACCGCAGGCUGUGGGAGUCACAGCAACCGUUGCUAUGAAAGGGGGGGCGGCAGUUGCCACGGCAACCAUCCCAGCGACAGGAGGCGUGGUGCCCACGGUGACACGGACAUCGUUAUGGCGACUGCAGGAAGUGGGAGUGGGGCAACUAUCCCACUAGGAAUGGGGUGUGGUACCCAUGACGACGCUCAUGGUGGCUGUCACGGUGACGAUUGUCUGUUGUAGCUAUGGCAGCGGCAGCAGGGCAUGGCUCUUGUGGUGCACAUCAGUUAGCACAGGGCGAGGGACACAGGGAACAUGUCUGUCCUGGCAGCCAUGGAAUGUGGUAACCCUGGUGACCGCCACAGCCGGAACAGGGCACGGUAGCCAUGGAAACAGCAAGGCGUGGGAGCCACGGCGACCGCAGGAUGUGGUCCCCAGGAAGUCAGGCGUGGUUCCAAAGGCGGUGGUGGAAGGGACACGCCGUGGAGCCGCGCAGCAGUCGGACUCCCGGGGGCCUUGAGAACCGCAGCCUGACCAUCAAGCUGAGGAAGCGAAAGCCGGAUAAGAAGGUGGAGUGGUCAAGCGACACGGUGGACAACGAGCACUUGGGCCGUAGGUCGUCCAAAUGCUGCUGCAUCUACGAGAAGCCGCGGGCCUUUGGCGAGAGCUCCACGGAGAGCGAGGACGAGGAGGACGAGGGCUGCGGCAACGCCCACUGCAUCCGGGGCCACAGGAAGGGGGAGCACGGGGGCCGGGGGGGCGGCGGCUCCGGGGGGGGCAGGGGCAGCCCCCGCAAGGCCGAGCCGCCGGGCCAGGACCACGCUGCAGCCAUGCAGCACUGAGCCCCCCCACCCCGCCGGACUGACCCGGGGACGCGGGCGUGUGCGUCUGUCCGUGAGCCUCGUGGCCUGCGAGCUGCUGUCGUCCGUCCGUCCCGCCCGGUGCCCCGGCGUGGAAUGUACCAAGCGACGGGCCGGCUGCGUCUCUGUGCUUCUCCAUUAAACGUCUGUGUCAGUGACCACGAGCGGCCGCGGCCUGCUGCUUUCUGCGGGGGGGCACAGCUAUGCUGGUGCCCCCUGAUCCUGACGCGCUGCCCCCUGCUGGCCCAGCCCUGGGCUUCUCCCCACAGCUCUGCCAGUGCCCCUCACUCCUGACCGGCAGCCCCCUGUUAGCCCUGCCCUGCUAGUGCUCCCACUCCUGCCCCACAGCCCCCUGCCAGUCCAGCCCCUCCCUCCCCCAGCCCUGCCAGUGCCCCUACUCCUGCCCC